AUGCGCGGCCGAGCACACAAACUGAACCAGGAGGCGAAGUCCCGCACUCAACCUGCCUGUUUUCCACAGUCCAUAGACCACGCACGACAGCACUGUCCGACCAGAGGAACAUCGUCCCGCAUCCGGCCCGAACGUUCAACCAAACUUAUCCACCCGGCCGACCCCGAUGACCGAACGUACAAUCAUCCGGCCAUGAUCGUUCCGACCGUACCGAAGCCCGAUCAUGACCCGAUAGCCGGCUGA